AUGCGCCCGCGGACGGACCAGCCUGAGGAAGGGGGGGGUUACGGGGAGAAGGACACGGAGGGAGGGGUGACACGGGGGGUGAAGGCGGCGGUCGCUGCAAGGGCGGCUGAAACCAGCUGCGCGGAGGCGGAUGAGAGGCCGGAGGCGGCGGUGGUCGCGGUCGCGACGCCAGGGGCGGCGGCUGUCGAGGAGGAGGCGCCUGAUGGUGCUGCGGCGGCCAAGACGACGGUGGGGCAGGUGGGGCAGGGGGCAGACUCGGGCCAGUCUGACGAGACUGCCGCUGCCGCUGGCGGCGGCUUAACUUCACCCUCUGCCACCCCCCAGACUGCAUCGCGGCUUGCAGAGGAGCGGGUGCCGGUGUCGGAACAGGGGCUGCCCGUGGAGGUGGGGCUGGCGGCAUCCCCCGCCCCGGUGGCUGCGGCUGAGAUCGCGGCGGUUGUGACUGCUGCGGCUCGGGGACGGGGGGGUGAAACGGACGAAGUGGAUGCGACGACGGCCGCUGCGUCCGCCGGAACGGCUGCUGCUGACGAGGGCGCAGGCACGCGGGGGCGCGGCCAGGCGGCGGAUGAAAGACAGCGCCGCGGGAAGAGCGUCGCUUCUCCCGCCGCUGCUCCCGCCGCCCGCGGGAAGAAGGGGAAGUGGCCUCGUGCCCAGCCAGCAGCGAGGCGGCCCGGAGCAGGGCUGGGACCUGGUUCCCCGGGACCCCUCCUGGGCUGGCUGCUGCCAGGGCGGUCGCCACAAGAGCCAACGCGUCCGUCGUCAUCGCAGGGCGGGCCGUCCCAGCAGAUCGCCUCCGACGAAUUCCUUCCCGCCGGCGAACAAAUACCCGCCGACCGAGGGGCCGUGCAGGAACCAGGGAUGACGCCACCCGUGGAGCCGGGCCCCGGCAACCGCGCCCCGCCAGCAGCGACAGAGGUGGCGGCGGCAGCUGGUAAGAUCGGGCCCCCGCAGAUGGGAACCAGGCGCUCGGCGAGGAUGGGAGCGAUCACCUGGGGCCCGCCACGUGGCGGACGAACGCCGUGGAUGCCGGCAGGACGGGGGGGGCUCAACGGCGCAGCAACAGGAACGGCAGGCGGAGCGGGGAGGGGAGCUCGCGGGGGUUUCCGCGGAGGCCUGAGAGGGGGACGGGGGGGGCGCAACCGGAUCCCCAUAUCUGAUAUUCCUGUUAGAACAGGCCCUUGGCGGGAACGCCACGACAGGCCGGAGAUGCAGGAAGCGGGAGCGAAUGAGGAGCGCGAAGGUUCUGACAACUCCAGGAAUGACCCAGAGUUUAUGGGUGGUGAGGAGGAGGAGUCUGAAGAAAUAUCUUUAGACGAUGAGGAGGAACCGGCAAGGAGAGCCACACAACGCCAGGAGAGGGCGGCGGGUGGAGAUGCCCCACAAAGUCUGGGGGGGGAAGGAGAACCAGCCACGGAGGACACCGAUGUGCCAUCCCCUGCCGAUCUGGCUGGCGAUGACGCCAUCUGGCUGGCUGCGGGGGCGUGGAAUGUGGACAUCCUUCAGAAGGGGGAACAGCCUUUCCUGGUCCGACGAUUACCACCCCAGAUUCUGGACAAAUACACUCUGUGCAUGCUAGCCGCACUUCAUCGCCUGGACAAGAACCCGAGCUGCCCAGGUGGCUCGUUGAUGCUUCAGUUCCUACCGAGGCUCACGCUCAGGCCCGCCCCCGAACCUGUUACGGGGAGUCGCUGGACGCACAUCGAGGCGCGCCUUCACAAAUUUCAGAAGGGCGAGUGGGUUGACCUUUUCGAGGAAGCCGGGGUCAUCCCCGACACAGGAGGUCCGAUACGACACAAGGGAGAUGAUGAAGGGUGGAGCGUGGAUUACAUUCGCGCGCGCAUCCUAGAGGAGGACCUGCGGCGGCGGAGUGUGGAGCGCUCGGAGGAGGGGGCUGGCUAUGGAGUUGGAGGUGGAAAGAGUGGCUUCAAGAAGAAGUGGAAGGGCAAGAACAAGGACUACCCUAAGAAGGAUGGCGGCGGGGGUCAAGGGGAGGUGUGCUUCUACUGCAAGAAGCGCGGACAUCGUUGGCGGAAAUGCUACCAUCGACCCAAGGAUUGGACCCCGCCUUCAUCAAGCAACCAGCGUGGUGGCACGAGGAGUGGGGGAGUCAUGGGAGCUAGUGGAGAGGAGAAGGAGGAGGAGAAAGGCGGCAAAUCUGAGGAGCGGAAGGCCGGGUUCUUCUUCUUCGUGAACGAAGGCGCAACCGACCUCGCUAUGGCUGCCAAGGACUGGCAGCAGCAGCAGCAGGUGCAGAUUGGCUUGCGUCUGCAGGAGAUUGAGCGGUCUGCAGCGGAGGAGGUUCAGCUGCACCUUGAGGAUCUCCCUGGGUCAGAGCUGACCAGUGACCACAGUGGCGGUGGUGAGCAGCAAGGUGCUGGUCCUGCUGCGGAGGAGGGGUUGGAGGAUGAGUCGGCACGUGUGGACUCACCAUCUCAGCCCGAGCCUGCUGCAAACGCCAAGGUCACGAAGAGGAGUGUGCAGAGAGGAGCUUCACCACAUGGGCAGCAGAUUGCAACCCGCGAGAAGAGAGUGGCAGCAGCACCCUCUAGGCUGAAGUAUAGCCGUUUGGGAGGACCCAAGCAAGAUUGA